CUUCGACUGAAGUAUCACUCAAAUGAUCUGACCAGUUCUCUUCCCUAUCUAUCUCACAUUAAUCUUUACUCUUCGAAUAUCUGUGCAGCUAUGGGUACCAGAAGCAAUCCAAGCUUCAUACUUUCUGUGCUCCUCCUGUGCUUCUCUCUCAACACCCAUAUCCUCUUUGGGGCUGACACCAUCUCUGCAAACCAAUCUCUCUCUGGGGACCGAACAAUCGUCUCAUCUGGUGAAACUUUUAAACUGGGUUUCUUCAAAGCAGGUAACUCUUCCAAUUUCUACAUAGGCAUGUGGUACAAUAAAAUGUCUGAACAAACUAUAGUUUGGGUAGCAAACAGAGAUACACCAGUCUCUGACAUUUACUCAUCGGAAUUGAAAAUUUUAGAUGGUAAUUUAGUGCUUGUCAAUGAGUACCAAACCCCAAUUUGGUCCACAAACAUAAGCUCUACCAAUUCAACUUCUUUAGUAGCAAUUCUUCGUGAUGAUGGUAAUCUUGUUUUUGGGGAUGGGCCUAAUGUAACCCAACCAAGUUGGCAAAGUUUUGAUCAUCCAGCCCAUACAUGGUUGCCAGGUAGUAAGAUUGGAUUUAACAAACUAACUAAAAAAAAUCAACUUCUUACUUCAUGGAAGAAUUCAGAGAAUCCUAAAGCGGGGCUAUUCUCUCUUGAGCCAGAUCCAAAUGGUAGGCAGUAUCUUAUUCGUUGGAAUAGGUCUGUCCAAUACUGGACUAGUGGGGCUUGGAAUGGUCAUAUUUUCAGUUUAGUACCAGAAAUGAGGUUGAAUUAUAUCUAUAAUUUUAGUUAUGAAAGCAAUGAAAACGAGAGUUAUUUUACGUAUUCCCUUUAUAAUCCAUCAAUUAUUUCUAGAACUAUUGUGGAUAUUUCGGGGCAAAUUAAACAACUCACUUGGUUGGAAACUACAAAGUCAUGGAAUUUGUUUUGGUCUCAACCAAGACAACAAUGUGAAGUUAAUGCUUAUUGUGGGGCAUUUGGUGCCUGCAAUCAGAUUAGUCAAUCCUUCUGUAAUUGUUUGCAUGGUUUCAGUAUUAAGUCCAUGAAUGAUUGGAAUUUGAGUGAUUAUUCUAGCGGGUGUGAGAGAAGAACUGUACUGCAGUGUGGGAAUACCAGUGCUGCAAAUGGGGAAGUAGAUAGAUUCUGGGAAAAUCCACACAUGGGAUUGCCUCAAAAUCCUCAAUCUGUGCCUGUUGGGAGUGAUGCAGAAUGUAAAUCAGCCUGCUUGAAUAACUGCUCUUGCACUGCUUAUGCUUAUGAAAGCAAUGCGUGCUCAAUUUGGAUUGGAGAACUCUUAGAUCUGCAACAACUCUCUGCUGAUGAUGUCACUGGAAGAACUCUCUAUGUAAGACUUGCUGCAUCUGAGGUUCCGAAUCCGAAAAAUAACAAGGGAGUUAUUAUUGGUUCUGUUGUCGGUUCAGUGGCAGCACUAAUCGUCUUAGGCAUUGUUUUUGUCGUGGUUGUGAGGCGGAAAAGGAGAUCAGUUGGAACAGCAAAAAUAGUUGAGGGUUCAUUGGUGGCAUUUGGGUACAAAAAUUUGCAGAUUGCAACAAAAAAUUUCUCAGAGAACCUUGGAGGAGGAGGUUUUGGCUCUUUAUCCAAAGGGACAUUGCCUGAUUCUACUGUCAUAGCAGUGAAGAAGCUUGAAAGUACCAGCCAAGGAGAAAAGCAAUUCCGAACAGAAGUCUGCACAAUCGGGGCUAUCCGACAUGUUAAUCUAGUUCGCCUUCGAGGGUUCUGCUCUGAAGGUGAUAAGAGAUUGUUGGUGUAUGAUUACAUGCCGAAUGGCUCCUUGGAUUCCCAUCUUUUCCAUGAAAAGGAUUCAAAUUAUAAGGUUUUGGACUGGAAAACAAGGUACCAGAUUGCACUUGGGACAGCCAGAGGGUUAGAUCAUCUCCAUGAGAAAUGCUGGGACUGCAUCAUCCACUGUGACGUAAAACCAGAGAACAUUUUUUUAGAUGCUGAUUUCUGUCCAAAAGUGGCAGAUUUUGGACUGGCAAAUCUUUUAGGGCGAGAAUUCAGCACGGUUCUGACAACCAUGAAAGGGACAAGAGGCUACCUUGCACCAGAGUGGAUGUCAGAUUUAGCCAUAACAGCCAAAGCUGAUGUUUAUAGCUAUGGUAUGAUGCUAUUUGAAUUUGUAUCGGGAAGGAGAAAUUCUGAGCAAUCUCAAGACGGGAAGAUCAAAUUCUUCCCGGCUUGGGCUGCUAGUGUGAUCGCCGAAGGUGCUGUUUUUAGGCUAUUGGACCCCAGGUUGGAGGGAAAUGCUGAUGCAGAAGAGGUAUCAAGAAUAUGUAGAGUGGCUUGUUGGUGCAUUCAAGAUGAUGAAAAUCGUAGGCCAUCAAUGGGUCUGGUAGUUCAGAUCCUUGAAGGGAUUUUGGAUGUUAAUCUGCCUCCAAUCCCACGAUCUCUCCAAAUGUUGGUUGACAGCCAGGAGCAUACAAUUCUCUUCACCGAGUCAUCCUCCAGCCAAGAGCAUGCACCACUGCUUCCUCUCAGGCCAGGAGCAUCUCAUUAUUAAGGAGUUCCAAGUCCUGAAGACAAUGGAAGAGGAUAUUUUAGGACUCCAGCAUUCAGUUAAAGUACAUAUGCUCUUCAUUUAUGCAUCAUAGCCUGAAGGAAUAGUUAGAGGUGGCUUUUGUCUUUCCAUUGCAUAAUUGUUGUUUGGUUUUAAAUCCUCAGUUAAUGUCAUUGGCUUAUGUUUUCUCCACUGCAUUGUACUUUUCUUAGUCUUUGAGAUCCGUUCAUUUUCAUGUAUGGAAACAACUUAAGUUGCAAGAGUUUGAGAAACUGACAUACUUUUUAAGAAAUUAGAAUUGGAAUUGGAAUUGGAAU